AAUGCGCUUCUCGAAAAUUGUUGAUUUUGAUAACGAGAACAACUGUUUGUUUGUUUGUGAUCGCCAUAAUCGUGGAAAAAGUUGUAUCAAGUUCAAUUUUCGUCAAUUUAAUUUAAAACUUGUAUUAAAGUAAGUGCUGUGGCUCGGUGGAAAUAACAUUUACGUCGAAGCGAGGUUAAUGCUGGCCUGGGUUCGUUAAUCGUAGCGGUGCGAUAUUUUACGCGUUCGAAUCGAAGAUUUAAAACUGUUGAAAAUUUCAGUAAAAUGGUGGUCGUGGUCUUUACUUUGGAAAGAAGUAACGUAAUGAUGGGUUGUGUAUCAUUCGUUCCGCCAUUCAUCAAAGUAUUCUUGCGCAUAUUCAAUUAAUAGUUGUAAUUGUAGUAUUUGAUUUAAACGAUCGCUUUUAUAAUUGACGCGCGUCAGGUGUACGCUCUGAAUUGAAAUGGUGAAAACCAUACUUCCUGUUCAACGGAACAAAGACGAAUAUGAAUUUCAAGACGAUAGUAACCAGCCCGUUUUGCCGACAUCUCCUGUCGAAUUGGAAAACGCUGAAAAUAUUCCCGAAACUGUGCAGCCGGAUAUCGAUUUUACGAAAUGCGACGGGUUCAUGGAGAUGAAAGAGCAAGUUUAUCAAGAUAAACUGGCCGGAUUCAAGAAACAACUGCAACAGCUCAAAGAAGGUACGCAUCCGGAAUACAACAGAAAGUUGAAGAAACUAGAAAACGCGUAUAAAGAAAGACUAAGGCUGAAUGUAAUAUGGCGGGACCAUAUGUCGAGUAUAAUCGAAAAGGAAUACGUCGCCGAGAAGAAAGCGAUUAGCAAAGAAUUCGAAGAAAAGAAAAUAGAACUCAAGGAUACUCUGAUAGCCGAUUUAGAAGAAAAACGCAAAAAUAUCGAAAACCAAAGAUUAUCGAUCGACAUUAGCGGUGACCAGACUGAACCUAAACCAGCUAUGACUCGUAAGCUGAGACGUCGUCCAAACGAUCCGUUGCCAGUGCCGGACAAAAGGAGGAAAAAUCCGCCUAUUCAGUUGAAUUACCUGUUAGACGAUAGAGAUAUCGACGACGAUUUACGAGAAAUCAACGCCGCCAAAUACAGCUGCGUUAAGAAAGGUGGCGGCGCGUCAGAUAGACUUCUAAUCGAUAGCAGAAUCGAAGAUGGUAAAUUGAUGUACGAAAAGAAAUGGUUUUUAAGAGGUCAACCAGUGUUCAUCGAAGGCAGAAAUACGCCCAAAUUUCCCGCCAUUAUAUCGGCUAUUAGGACAGAAGCGCUUUGGGUGAAAAAAACUAUCGACGGUAGCAAGGUUAGAAUUCAACUUUCGCAAUUAAUUAAAGGUAAAUUUUCCAUCAAACGACGAGCAUCUUAACACGACCGUGUUCGACGCUACGACAAGGGUGAUUUAAAAAAAAAAAAAUUAAGUAUGAAAUUCUUUUAAUUUUGUGUAUUUGUGUGUGUUUGUAUCGCUAUUUAUGUAAAUAUGUGUAAAAUUAAUAAAUGUUAUUUAUUCUCA